GUGUCAACGAGAGACCUGGAUCGAGCGACCUGCCCAGCUUCGUCGCCAUUUUUUUACACUCGCAAAAAUAUUGACUUGAGAAAAUAUAAUGUUUUGAAUGAAUUUCGCUUUGACAGUACUAGCUUUAGUUGAUGUCUCCACGCUUGGCUGUCCUUAAUAAGAAAGGUAAGAUUAAAGAGUUAAUUUAUAUCGAAUUUGAAGCGCCAUCGGCCUACUGCGAUAGAAUAAACAAGUCGUAUUCAUGAAUUACCAUGUUUUGUGAAAAUACAUACUCCGUUUUUUACACUGGUUUCACUUCGAAAUUCGCACUUAAAGACAAGAGUUUACCAACUUGGAUACGUUUACAUCAAACCUCUACUUUAAGCGCGAAUUUAGGGUGAAUUAUCAGUCGUAGUCGGUCUGAAAAGCGUCUCGAAGUAAAUGAAAUUCUAUUGACAUAUUUAUAUAGCCAUUUCCAGCUUAGAACAUCGUAUUGCGUAGUGGAUAUUUCUAUAUUUUAGAAGUAAAAUAUUUCAGUUGUUGAACUACGGAUAUGGAGAGUAAAGUAAAUAGUUAGAAAUGAUUCAUUUGCGCUUUGUUUAUCGUCGUUCACAAUCAUUCUUGACGGACAAAGCGACCUGCUUUAUACAACCAGUUUAUAAGAUAGUGCCUUUCAAAGAAUAUAUUUUAAUCUUUUAAGCUUCAAGCCAUGUUCUGCCUUCAAUAUUUGACACCGCUCUCUCGCUGUUAACGGAUAAUUUCAUUCUUAAUAUAUUGUUUAUGUAUGGUGGUGUUUUAGAAAAUGAAGUGUUUUUGGAGUCCAUUUAUUGAUAUAUUUACAUUGGUAAUAAAAAUUUAGACGUUUUCACAGUGUAACUAUAUAUUAAAUAUAAGCCUGUAUGGAAGGCAUUUCUAAUAGACAUCACUCGAAAACAGUACAGCUGUAAAACUAUGUUUUUAUUGAAAGUCAGAAUUUUAAAGACUUUGUUUAUUAUUGGGUUAUGGGAUAAUAAUUGGUUUGGGGCUGUAAAAUAAAUUAUUAACUCAAUGUGUCUGAUAAUACGGAAUAUUUUCCAAGGGGUUUAUUUCAUAUUACCCAGAGAAGCUGGUCCAUUUAAAUUCAUGAUAACUUAUGGUAAGAUGAAUUAAAAUAAAUAUCAUCAAUGAGACAUCACAGCAGUUUUUUUGCAUUUGCGAUAGAUAAUGAUGUAACAUAUUGCUCCGUAUUGUUUUAGUCUUGCAUUGUACAGCCAUUGAAGUUUUCAUGUGAAACUCCUUUGUCAGAAAAUUAUGUAACUACUAUGUUGACAACCCACUUCCACACUCCAAAAGGAGUAUCCAAAAAGUUAUGUUGACACAUUGUAAUUUGCCCAUUUCAUGUUUUGCCAGAUGUUAAUUAUGAGUAUUUUCAGGUGAUGAUGUUAUCAGAUUAUGAAUACAUUAUAUUUAUAGGGUAGUAUAUCAUAAAAUUGGAUCUGAAACUUUCCUGAAAAACUGCAGUUUAAUCUGUUAGUGUGCAAGAUUCUCCCUUUGACAAGUAAAAUUGUCUGGCAUAAGGCAGAAUAAAAUAAUAAAGUUGGGUGCAUAACAACACACAUUGACAGUUUGGUUGACCAAUUAGUGUGGAAAAACAUCCUGUUGUUGAGUAAAAUUGUCUGGUGUUAGACAGAGUACAACAUAAUGGUUGGGUACAUUUGGGAGGAGACAUCCUUGGGUUAAGUACCACCCGCACUGGACUUAAGAUGUCUUCAUGUUUGAGUCUUGACCUUUUUUGUCUAUGGUUGCUAGUGGGGAUACAGCUAAACAUAUACUAUAAUAGCAGAGGUCUGGAUUUCAAACUUUAACAAAUGAAUAUAUCUUGAUGCUAAAGCUGUCACAUUUACGGCAUAAUAAAGAGUGGAGUAAAGUUUUCAAUUCACAGAGCGAAGUAAAGCUUUCACUUUAGUUUUCAAAUCAUCCACAUAACACAUCCUGUUUGAGCUAUUUUAAGAAUUUCAUCACUAAAACAUUUUAUAUUUUUACAAUUCUAUAGUAAGCCAGGGCCAUUUAAAUUCUUUGCAUAUUUUGCCUCUUUAAAAUUUCAUUGAUAAUUACAAUAAUUAUAUGUCUGUUUCAUUAUAACCAUUCAUGCAUUUUAAGUGGAUAUAAUUUCCUUGUUUCAUUUAAUUAAUAUAAUAAGUUGGUAUACGUCUGUGACAAAGUAGAAUGUUAGAGUUGAUGAUAUUGUUCUUGCAUGCUAUUGAAAGUCCCUGCCUACAACACCACUUGUGCCUGUCUUGGGAAAGUCUUUGUUCUGUAAAUUAUUUUAAAAAAGAACAGUUCUGGUUUAUGUUAUGACAAGUGCAUGUUUGUCAUAAUACCAUAAAAGAUUAUGCCACAAAUACACCGAUUUUCUUGAUUUUAAGUCCUAUUUAAAGCACAUAUAUUUAUAUAUUUUAUUAUUAUUAAUUUGCCCAUAAUUAAAGAAUUAAGAUAUAUUUACAGAUAAGUAAAAAUUAAGGGCUAGAAACCUUAAAGAAACCCUUUCAGACUUUUAGUUGAUGUGUAAACAUAGGAGUGUUUUAUUACACUUACAAUGUGUGGGUGCAGCCUGAGUAUCUUUAUAAAACGCAACAACAAAAGUUUUAUCAAAAGACAUGAUUUGCUAAAAGCUUGUGAAUGAUCAGUAAGUGCUUUAAUUAAAUAUUUCAAAUGGGAUAUACCAUUCACACCAUUAACAAGCUUUUGUUGGUAGGGAUGUCACUACUUAAAAGUACAAAGUGAAAUUCAGCGUUUUGAGCUGAGGCCGGGGAUCGGGAAAAAGCUGAUGAAAUUUUCCCGACCCUGGCUACUAACUUCCCGAUAACUAGCCUGCUCACAGACGUUGUAGUUCUUACGCCAAGCGACGAAAUACUAUUUCAUCGCUUGGCGUAAGAACUACAACGUCUGUGAGCAGGCUACCCGAUGACGGGCCUUCGCUCAAAAUGCUGAAUUUCACUUUGUAAUUUUCAGGUAGUUGCAUCCCUACCAAUGAAAGCUUGUUCAUUCACAAAGUUACAAUUUUUAACGGUGGUACCAAGCAUUCCUUUUUCCAGCUUUUUUAUAUCCAAGAGCUAUAGAAUCUGCUAUUUACUUUAUCUAUCAUUGCACCAGAUCUAUCAUUACUGGGAUAUUCUGUGGGACAGUGGUUUUUACAUGAUAGAUUUUCAUCUCUCUAUGACCAAGGUUUGAUUGGGCAUAAAAAAUACCUGUGGUUCCGGUUUCAUAUCGCGAAAAAAUUAGGGUCGGUAGGUCAGAAAUAAUUUUUUUUUGAAUAUUUUUUUCAUGGUUUUUUCAAUAAUUAGUGUGACAACAGAACGGAACCGGAACCACAGUUAUUUUUUUACGCCUUGCUACAAUAUACAGUUGUCUGAUUAUAAUUUUACCGCAGUCACAUGAGAGAGGAGUGCUUUCAACUUGACCCUACCAUUUCACCUCAGUCACAUGAGAGAAGAGUGCUUUCAACUUGACCCUCCUGUUGUAACAGUGCACAUUUUCUGUUAAUUGAGACAUUAAAUAAUAUGUUUAGUUCCUAGCAUUGUGCUGGUAUCACCCUGAUGUGGCUAUGCCCUCUGGUAAAGCUGGAUUUCACAAGAAUGCUGACUGUGCAGGAUUAUUUACUGAUCAUGAUCCAGAGAAACAAUUUAAAGACUUGAAAGAAAUUGGACAUGGCAGUUUUGGCGCUGUUUAUUAUGUGAGUUGGUGGGAAAAUGAUGAUUUCUUAAAAUAACUGAUUCUCCUCCGAAGUUUAGAGCUUGACAUUUUCAGCACUAUCCAAUGGAAUUCUAAUCCUAACUGUUUUGUUGGCCGCUUUCUUCGAUUUCAACUGCCAUUUUAGAAACAAAUAAUGGCAAAUGUCAAAGUACAUUUAAUAGUUUUGAAAUCUAAACAAUAUAAUAUUACACAUACUUUUACAAUAAAAAAGACAUGCAAAAUACAAAAAUAAUGCAGAUAAACGGAAAGUCGCAUGCAAUUAAUUAACCGGUUGUCUCCUCGCAAUUAAAUGGCUACAAAUUCUUAAAUAGGGUAUCUUAAAUUACUUUCUAAAAGUCUAUAAUCUUGAUCAAACAUGGUGUCCAAAAAUCCUUUUAUUUUCCAUCGAUGCUUCCGUAAGGCGUAAAAAAAUACCUGUGGUUCCUGUUCCCGACCGACCCUAUUUUUUUCUGCCAACCCUAUUAUUUUUUUCAAUGCGAUUGACCGUGCGACCCUAUUUUCUCCAGGUGGUUGCGGGCUGCUCAUACAGCGUGCCAAAAUGGCAUCUGUUCUCACACUAAUUAUUGAAACAAAUUGCCUAAAUUCGUCCAUAGGAAAUACGCAUCUCUAGUUAGUAUUGAUGUCGGGACUCUACUGCAAAUUGCCCAGCAAAAAACCGUCAAAACCAUGAAAAAAAUUUCCGACCCUAAUUUUUUCACGAUAUGAAACCGGAACCACAGGUAUUUUUUUUUACGCUUAAGCUUCGUAAUCUCACUCAAAAGUCGUUCGCUAAACUUUUGUACUAAAUGAAACACUAACCCAUACUCUAAUCCUUACACUGUCCUCCAGAAUUAUUGGAUUUGAUUUCAGGAUAUUUUUAUGUAAAGUGAAAAUGUUGUGUUUUCUUACAAGGCCAAACAUGUCAAGACAGGGGAGGUGGUGGCCAUCAAGAAAAUGUCAUUCAGUGGCAAACAAAGUGCUGAGAAGUGGGCGGACAUUGUUAGAGAAGUGAAAUUUUUAAAGCAAUGUAAACAUCAAAACACCAUCAGUUAUAAAAGUUGUUAUCUCAAAGAACAUACGGCAUGGGUGUGUAUCAGUAUGGAUGAUGUUAAUUAAUUUAAUUUUCUGACAAUAUACCAUACCAUAUGAUGCCAUAUCAUAUGGUACCAUACCAUUCAUUACCAUAUUGCACCAUACCAUAUGACACCAUACUACUCAUUACCAUAUGACACCAUACCACUCUAUACCAUAUGACACCAUACAGCCCACAUCAGCUUUUAGUUGACAUAUGUUACAAUUAACCUGCAUUAUCAAAUAAAGUAUACCACUCAUUACCAUAUGACACCAUACCACUUUAUACCAUAUGACACCAUACCACUCAUUACCAUAUGACACCAUCCACUCUAUACCAUAUGACACCAUACCACUCUAUACCAUAUGACACCAUACCACUCAUUACCAUAUGACACCAUACCACUCAUUACCAUAUGACACCAUACCACUCUAUACCAUAUGACACCAUACCACUCAUUACCAUAUGACACCAUACCACUCAUUACCAUAUGACACCAUACCACUCUAUACCAUAUGACACCAUACCACUCUAUACCAUAUGACACCAUACCACUCAUUAUCAUAUGACACCAUACCACUCAUUACCAUAUGACACCAUACCACUCUAUACCAUAUGACACCAUACCACUCAUUACCAUAUGACACCAUACCACUCUAUACCAUAUGACACCAUACCACUCAUUACCAUAUGACACCAUACCACUCUAUACCAUAUGACACCAUACCACUCAUUACCAUAUGACACCAUACCACUCAUUACCAUAUAACACCAUACCACUCUAUACCAUAUGUCACCAUAUCACUUAUUACCAUAUGACACCAUACCACUCUAUACCACACCAUAAAAUGUAAUUCAAUACCAUACUAUACCAAACCAAAUACACCCUUUCGAUAAUUACGUCAUUUGGCCUGGGAGCUUCGCACUCAUGAAUCAUGACCCAAUCACAUUGUGUAAUUUACUAAUAAGAGCGAGGCUCCAAGCAUCGGCUUUAGAGCCAAUUCAAUUUGACAAUGAUAGUAUUCUGUCUACUGUAAAUAGCUGUUAAAAUAAAGUGUACAGCACCUGAACUGUUCAAUAUCUUGCUUGACAGUGCUUCUAAAUCCAUAAAACAUUUACAUAUUAUGCAAAUACUGUAUAUUUUCAAAAUCUGCCGUAUUUAUUUACAUUAGAACCCAAGCUUUUGUGGUUCACACGAAAUAUUACGUUGGUGAUUUUCUCUAAUAAUAAGAGGGUAGGAUCAAAGUGGGCGUUGUCACUCGCCAGCCCAAUCAGCUGUUUGGGUUCUGUACCAUGUGACCUGUUCAAAUCGUUCCGAGCGGGAGGAAUCUUAUGACAUCAUAACGGCCUCGAUAAAAUAUUUUGGGGACACGUUUGAGCCAUAUAAGGAAGUUGGAGACAUGUUUGUGCCAUAUAUGGAAGCAUGGUUUCCUCGCGCUUCGAACGAUGAAAUAAUUGGAUGAUCCUACCCUCUUAUUAUUAGUGAAAAUCACUGACAUAAUAUUUCGUGUGAGCCGCGAAAGCUCGGGUUCUAAUGUGAAUAAAUAUGGGAGGAUUUUGAAAAUAUACAGUAUUUGCAUAAUAUGUAAAUGUUUUAUGGUUUGAGAAGCACUGUCAAGCAAGAUAUUGGACUAGGGAUGAGCCGAUAAGGAAAAUUGCCGAUUACUGAGGCCGAUUAUUUAUAAGCCGAUUAUCGUAACUAAUCGGCCGAUUAAUCGGUAACCGCCGAUUAUUUUAAAAAGCAAGCGAAAAAUCACAAAAUGACCAACAAUGAAGUUGUAAAUGAGUUUUAUUGUUUACAGUACACACUAUGUACAAUUGAAAACAGCUUCAAUCUUGCAUGUCAAUAGUCAAAGUUAAGUUUUGGCAGAUUAUGGUGUGAAAACAGGAUAUUGUCAGCUAUGCGGAGCUAGUCUGCUGCGGUUUUCAGUGGAUAUGUUCCCAGCUUCACUUCGCUUGAGACAAAAGACACAGGUUUUGCAACAAAAUGUGAAAAUCUAUUCGCUUGUAUUCAGUAUUCUGGCAUGUGCUCGGCAGCUGCAGAAAAAGUCUUAUGGCCGAUUAUGUGCCGAUUUUCAGGCAAUAAUCGGCCGAUUACCGAUUAUUUAAAAAACGGCCGAUUAAUCGGCUUUGCCGAUUAUUUACCGAUUAAUCGGCUCAUCCCUAUAUUGGACAGUUCAGGUGCCGUACACUUUAUUUUAACUGCUAUUUAGAUAGAAUAUUAUUGUUAUUGCUGUCAAAAUGAAUUGGUUCUAAAGCCCGUGCAGGGUGCGAUAAUUCAAGAUUUUUAGUCGUACCUGACUGGUACGCCAAUGGUUGUUGGCGCGUACUUGCACAAACUCAGUACUCAAUGCGUGGGCCUAUUUAGUCAUUAAAAUAAGGUUCAUAUAAAGUACAGGUUUCUGAAAAGUAUGUUCAGACUACAAAGUAGAAAAAGAAGCACAAUUGCAAUAUACAAACAAUCGACUCCAACGUUCCUUAGUGUCAUCAGUCAAAUCAUGUUUCAUGCCAAGACAUCUCAGACACAUGAUAUACCAACCUAAUUAUGGUACUGAAUACCUUGGACUUGGUCAUGUGGUACCAGCAAAAAAUAAGUACGCAGAUAGCAAGAUUUCUGUGUACCUAUGUGGUAUUUGGUUGAAGACAAAGAAGUACCAGACCGUAAUAAUGGCGUACCUCCGGUACGUAAGUACGCGAAUUAUCGCACCCUGCCAUGCUCCAAGACCAAAAAGUAUAUGACAUAAUUAUCGAAAGGGUGUGUUACAUAAUAGUUGUGUUAUGAGAAGUAAUAGUGAUGUUCUCUUUUAAUAAAGCUUGUUAUGGAAUACUGUGUUGGCUCAUGUUCUGAUGUUUUGGAAGGUACUGUGUUUAUUUUUGUGAUCUGUUUAUUUUUGACCACAAAAUAAACAUUUUGUCUUUCUUUGACAGUGCACAAGAAACCUUUGGCAGAGAAAGAGAUUGCAGCCGUGUGUAAAGGAUCUCUUAAUGUGAGGCUUGUUUUUAUAUGACAAGCUUGAAAUAUACAGUUACAUUCAAGUAGUGUUUGGUGCAUUUAUUUAUUGAAUGUUGUUUUUUUUCAUUAGGGAUUAUCAUAUUUACAUUCAAAUGAUAAAAUUCAUCGAGAUGUUAAAGGUAAAUCCCAUUGUUAUAUAGCUAGGGUGAACACCAAACGUGAUUGGCUGAUUUGUGGUCACAUGACUUCAGAUAAAUGCAUUGUAUCCCGCGGGGCAACAAGUGAAAAAUUGUUUCCCGCCCCGACCGUCUACGUGCAUAAAUUAACAAAAUGGAGGCACAACUAGCAUAAUUCGAAACUACGAUUUCUAAGUUUAUGUUCAAAUAAAGAAUGUAAAUGAGAAGAAAAAUACACAACAGGGAACAGGAUUAUGCUGCUGAAACUGUUUAAGUAGGUUCUUUUAAUUUUAAACUCGUUUACACUAUAGAGUUUUUGUCACGAAAUACAAUCGUUGUAUGAAUGUUGUUGAAUGUUGAUUUUUGUUCGUCGCUAUAUAACAAAACACUUAAUGUCUGAUAGUUUGUUUUGUUUUCCCUCGAAUCUCAAUGAGACUCUCGGGAAAACAAAACAAACUAUUUCCCUCGAGAGCAGACAUUAAGUGUAUAAUUUUGACCAUCACACAUAAGUAAUAUUGGAAACCAAUGAUAUUUGACUAGGCUGAUGCAGUACAGUAUAUCGAUAUACCGAAAAUUGUCGGAUUUCUAUUCGAUAUUUAAAUUUUUGAUAUAUUGGAAUGUCGAUAUUUUUCGCUAUUAUUGGCAGUGAAGAUAGCUACAGUAUAUAUUCACACCGUUUAUUCAGGAUCAUUGACAGGCGUACAUCUUAACGAUAUUAAACGUCAUAUCAAGCUUUUCCAAGCGCUGAUUGGAGUUGUUUCAAGAUGACAAUCAAUGUGUCAACCCUGUGGGAAAACCCAUAAAGUAAAACGUGUUUGUUUACGUUGGCGUUGCGACUUGAGUGAUGUGAAAGUUACCAUUUCGCUUCUCAGAACGUGAUGUUUUAAAACGUAAACACUGGUAGUUGUCUUAUUAGCUCGCAACUGUUUGGAGUCAUUUGAAAACAGAAACUUUUGCCCUAAAAUUACGCAAAGUACAAUCGCGAAAAAUAUCGGUAUCGGUAUUUUUUUCCGGUAUCGGUUUUCGUGGGGUUUUUUUCAAUACCGCAAAUAUACUUUAACCCAUAAAGUAAAACGUGUUUGUUUACGUUGGCGUUGCAACUUGAAUGAUGUGAAAGUUGUCAUUUCGCUUCUCAGAACGUGAAGUUUUCAAACGUAAACAAUGCUAGUUGAUUGCAAAAGUAUAUCUCUUAUUAAUACAUCGCAACUGUUUGGAGUCAUUUGAAAACAGAAACUUCGCGAAAAAAUAUCGGUAUUUUUUCCGGUAUCGGUUUUCGUUUUUUUUCUUUCAAUACCGCAACAGAUUAGAAACCACAACAACAACUUAAAAAUUCAAAGAUGAAAAUAAUAAGCAAAUGGCGGCCACAGCCUUUUGAAUUCACUGACAUUUUUAACAAUAUUUAGCUUUCAAACCUACAAAUACAUUGCAUUUUUGCAGGAACAUUUUAAAGGAUUUUGCGUGUAUGCACUUGACAAUUUUAACACUUUCUUCUUUUUAACACUUUCUUUCUUCUCCACUUUCUUCUUCAGCUGGAAAUGUUCUCCUAACAGAAGAUGGAGUUGUAAAAUUAGGUAAGAACAAAAACUUGCUUAGAAUCUAAUCAUAAUCGUGAUUUUUUAUUUUUAACCAUUGCCUCAUCAUCUUUUGCAGCUGAUUUUGGCUCGGCCUCAAUACUCUCUCCGGCAAAUUCCUUUGUUGGAACACCUUACUGGUAUGAUUCCCCUCAAUUUUGUUCUAGCGUAGAAUGCUUUCGUAUUUUUGAAAGAAGAACAAUUCAAAGCAUUUGCUCAAUAAAUUGUAAUUUAACUUCAGAAUAAACGAGUGAUAACAAGUUGAAUGAAACAAAAACAUUACCUUAAAAAUUUCAUUGCCUUAAAAAAACUUGAAAGGUCCAAAGAAAUUAACGUUAAAGAAAUUUCCUUGAAACUAGGAAUGCUGGGAAGCAGCAACAAGUGGGAAUCCAAAACUAUUCUUUUGCGCAUGCUCGGUGCCGACUUACGGUGUUAAAAAAGUACCGGACCGACUGAAUAUUUGAAUCAAUCACACAGCUUUACUAAGUUUACUUUUUUAUAUUGAAAUAUUAUUCAUCUCUAGGAUGGCACCUGAAGUAAUUCUUGCCAUGGAUGAAGGACAAUAUGAUGGCAAGGUAGAGACUGUAAUAAUCUCCUUGAGAUUGUAAUCUGCGAAAGUUCUGCAGUACCCAUCACCACCAGGCCUCGAAUUUCCCUGAAAUUAAUCGACGGCAAUGGCGUUAAUAAUUGCCGUAGAACGUAACAGCUGUCUAUUGCAAUUUUGACAGUUCCCACGGCAUUUUCAAAUUACUGUAAUAAAACUUUAAUUUUAUUGUUACUUUGGAUUUUUGACAAGCUUGAAACAUGUCUACGCAUUUCUUUAGUGUUUUUUUUUUCGAAGAAAACUGAGACUAAAGCCCCGUUUACACUACGCUCAAUUUUUGGUACGGCACGGAUAAUAUUGGUACACGUACCAAUUUUUUCGGUUCUGGACUACCUUUUUAGGUAGUCCAAGAACCAAAAAGUAAUACGGUACCAAAAAUUGAGCGUAGUGUAAGCGGGGCUUAGCUAAAUAGGUAAUUCAAGCACCAAAAAGUGGUACGGGUACCGAUUUUAUCCGUGCCGUACCAAAAAUUGAACGUAGUGUAAACGGGGCUUAAAAUAGUGAUUUACGCAUGAUUUGAUCAACAUCUGAAUUCAAGUAUCAAAAUAGUAAUGCACAGUGAACACUAGUAUAAAAAUUGCACUAUACGGCAAAAAAUUGCCGUCGUUGCCGCAAUGAUCCAUGGCAUUUUGUUCUCCCUCUACGGCAAUUGCCGCGAUAAAAUUCGAGCCCAGAUCACCACAGAAUAGAAACCAUCAUUAAGUAACAAAACUUUGGUUGGUAGGGAUACAACUGCCUGAAAAUACAAAAGAGAACUUCGACGUCUCGAGCGAAGGCGUCAGGAAGUUACCUCGAGUUCUUGUAUUUUUCUAAUAUCUACACUCGCGCAGAGUGUUGAAUCAAUAUUUUGUGUGUGUUUCAGGUUGAUGUGUGGUCAUUAGGAAUAACCUGUAUUGAAUUAGGUAUGUUGGCUUAAACCAUAAGACUUUUUUAGUUUGAAAAUAUGACAGGCAAAUAUCUGCAGUAAUGGACCUUUCCCCUUAUAACUAAAAUUUUGAUCUAGACAAAAAUUUCAUCACAGCUUGAAAGAGCAUCGCAAAAUUAGUAAUAUUCCAAAGUUUCGUUGCGAAAUGUUGUAAAAUGCGGAUAAUAUAUAGCCUUGCGAAGUUUGCCGUUUUUCAGUCAUUUUGUAUUACGCGCGGGAAAUUGACAGCCCAGUCGGGUGUUGGGGCAUCAAUUCCCCGCUCGUAAUACAAAAUGACUGAAAAUUGCAAAUUUCGCAGGGCUAUAUUAUCCGCAUUUUACAACAUUUCGCAACGAAACUUCGGAAUAUUACUAAUUUUGUGAUGCUCUUUCAAGCUGUGAUGAAAUUUUUGUCUAGACUUGUCUAGAUCAAAAUUUCAGUUAUAAGGGGAAAGGUCCAUUAUGAAGUGUUUUUUCUUUAGCUGAACGUAAACCACCGUUAUUCAAUAUGAACGCAAUGAGUGCAUUAUAUCACAUCGCUCAAAAUGACCCUCCUGCAUUGAGUACGGACGGAUGGUAGGUACUAGACAAACGCUUCUUUGUCAUUAAUUUAUUGCAGGUUUCAUUAAACAUCCAGGAGUGCAGAUGGUCGUUAACUUGAGUUGACAUUUUUCUCUCAAUGUUUUAUGAUGUUUUUCGCAGGUCUGCAAGUUUUAAACAGUUUAUUAGUAAAUGUCUCGAAAAAAAUCCUCCUGACAGACCAAGCAGUCAAGAACUUUUGCCUGUAAGUACUUUAUAGAUGCUUCUUUAAUUAAACACUAAUGGAAGUGAACGCGAAUGAAAGCGAACGCAAAUGAAAAUGAACGCAAAUGAAAGUGAACGCAAAUGAAAGCGAACGCAAAUGAAAGUGAACGUAAAUGAAAGUGAACGCAACUGAAAGUGAAUGCAAAUGAAAGUGAAUGCAAAUGAAAGGAAACGCAAAUGAAAGCGAACGCAAAUGAAAGCGAACGCAAAUGAAAGCGAACGCAAAUGAAAGUGAACGCAAACGAAAGUGAACGCAAAUGAAAGUGAACGCAAAUGAAAGCGAACGCAAAUGAAAGCGAACGCAGAUGACAGUGAACGCAAAUGAAAGUGAAUGCAAAUGAAAGUGAAUGCAAAUGAAAGGAAAUGCAAAUGAAAGCGAACGCAAAUGAAAGCGAACGCAAAUGAAAGUGAACGCAAACGAAAGUGAACGCAAAUGAAAGCGAACGCAAAUGAAAGCGAACGCAGAUGAAAGCGAACGCAGAUGACAGUGAACGCAAAUGAAAGUGAACGCAAAUGAAAGCGAACGCAAAUGAAAGCGAACGCAAAUGAAAGCGAACGCAGAUGACAGUGAACGCAAAUGAAAGUGAACGCAAAUGAAAGUGAACGCGAAUGAAGAAACGGCUGCACUUUCAUUAACACUCACAAGUACUGGGUAUGUUACUGUAAUCACGGUUAAUUUUCUUUCAGCACGAGUUCUUAACGCAACAUCAACAAAAGAACGUCUUAAAAGAACUGGUUCAGAGAACUAAGAGUCAAGUACGGGCAUUAGAUAACAUGAACUAUAAAAGAGUGAAGAAAAUAUUUAUGAAUGAUGGAACAACGGGUGUAGAAGACUCCAGUUCUUUUGAUAAUGAUGAUGAUGCAAGUUCUCAGGUAUUCAUCAUAGUCCAUAACUGGAUAAAAAUUCCGAAAAUCGCGUGAUCUUUCCUGCACCAUCCCACGUGUGAUUCGCACGAGGUUUUUAAAAUGUGCAAUUUGUUCAACUGAAAAUCUCGCGUGGAUUAGCAGAGCCUCGCGUGAUUUUGCGGUACUAUCCCAUGAUUUGUGAGAUUUCUGAUCCAUGUACUGAAGUCGAGAACCGUACCCGACGUGUAUCUGGUUAAUUUACUGUCGUUCCAAUUGAAGUGUUGCUCAAAUAUUGAUUCAAUACAUUACCUCGGGCUGACCUAUUCAUUUGAUCAAGUUCCUCGAGAUAUUCAUACACUUCCUGUGAAAGAGCCAAUUCCAAGUAUUUGAUCAUUUCUGGUCACUUCCUUUCUAUUUAUGAUUGGUUAGUUGCACAAACAACGAAGGUGAUUGGUGCAUUCAAACUAUUCAACAGGAAGUUUACAAUUAUACUAGGAAGUGUAUGAAUAUCUCGAGGAACUUGAUCAAAUGAAUUGGUCAGCCCGAGGUAAUGUAUUGAAUCAAUAUUUGAGCAACACUUCAAUUGGAACGACAGUAAGACUGGUUCACACUAUCAAAGUUUCUGUGUAUCACAGUAGCAGUUUUGGUUAGUAAAUUCUACGUUUUGCAAGAAAUGCAUGAGGGAAUUGACUUUGUAUUUAUUGUCGAUUUCAAGUCCUUUUUCAACGCGCGGUUCCCAAGUUCGUUGCGAACUUGCCAAUUACGUUUCCAAGUUCGGAAAUUGGGCGCGAACUUCGCAACAAAGUUCGCAAGUACAUUUCAAUAUUUGAACUUCCUUUGUAAACAAAUGUUCAUACUCAAUAAUAAUGAUCAAUUUAAUGAAAUACAAACCUUCUUGGUAGACCACUGGACCAAGAACUUUCCAUUGAAUUGUUAAUUUCAACUUGAACUAUCACUUGUUUACAGCAGAAGUUCAAACAUUGAAAUGUACUUCCGAACCAGUUUUUGCGAAGUUCACGCCCAAUUUUCGAAUUUGGAAUAAUGGAAACGUAAUUGGCAGGUUUGCAACGAACUUGGGAACCGCGCGUUGAAAAGUGACUCGAAAUCGACAAUAACAUUCACACAUCCUUCAAAACAUAGAAUUUACUUCUAGAAAACACAUGUUCACAACGCUGUUACUGUACAUCGUCAAACAAAAGGACCUGAUUUGCACACAUUCAGCAAAUGAUUCAAAUAAUUAGACAACUUACCUAUAUGAAAAUAUGUUCGGUUAUUAAUAUAAAGUUACUAUCACAAUAACUUUAAUAUUACCUUAUCUAGAUGUCUUCAUUUUCAAGUACAAUGUCUUCUGUACAACUAAAUGACGAUACGAGUUUAAAAUCUGACCUAACAUCUAAUCCUAAUGGCGAGUCUGAAUCUAAGGUGGUUAUAAAAUAUAUAAACAUUGCAUAUAAUAUCAAGAUAAAUAUCAAUAUAAUAUACUAAAUGAUCAGUAUUAAAUUAUUGCUUGUCAUGAUAAAUAUCAAGAAAGUAAUUAAAUAAAUGUGAAUACGUUAAAACGUAAACAUAGACCAAGCAAAUGAUUGAAAUUUUGUUUAAUUGAUUGGAAGGGCUCUGAUUUGUAAUCAUUGAUCUUGAUCAGCGUGGAAUAAACGUGAUCUUCUAAAGCAAAUCAAAUUUAUCGCUAUUCAAACCUUAAAAGAUUUAAACAUAUUUUGUGAAUUAAACUAUCCUUUGGAAGUGGUCAAUAGACUCAAUACAGUGUUAAAAAUCUGCGGAUUUAUAGGGGUGCACCUAUCUGAAAAAUACUCGUGAAGAUGAACUUCAUUUUGACACGGACAGUCUUAGGACUUAUUUAUAUGGAAGCCGGGCUGGCCCGCUUAGCGAGACAGCCCGGUAGGCGGGAUGAAUAUCUUUUGUGGUAUAUGAGAAAAUUUCAUCCCGCUUGCCGGGACAAUUUUGUUGUUUUGAAAUUGUUUUGACAGUUGUUAAAAAUAGCUUGCGGUGGUAACCGGGCUAGCCCGCUUGUGAGUGUUUAUAUGGAGAAAUUUCCAUCCCGGUUAAGCCUGGCGCACACGAUGCGAUUUUAGUUAGCCGAUAAAAAAUCGUUUGACAUACCGAUAUACAUCGGUAUACUCCGCACACGAUUACGAAAAAAAUACGCUCCCUGAACUGUAGCCGCCAUGUUGCCAAAUAAAUACAAGCACGUGAUCACAGCAUGAAAUCUGUUUGGUUAUACUUAAAAUUCCACCGAUAAAAUUCGUAUAAUAUCAAAACGUUUUGAUGUUGUCCGAUUAAAAUCGAGCAACAAAAAUCGGUUAAAAAUGACACCGCACACACAACGAUUUUGUUAGUUUUAGUCAAACGAUUUUUAUCGGCCGACUAAAAUCGCAUCGUGUGCGCCAGGCUUAAGCGAGAUGUCGCUUCUUUCAGGCGAGAUCUCUGCAACCGGACCAGCCCGCUUGUCCAUAUAAACGCACGAUAAUUUUUACUAUAAAAAUAACUACACAGCGAGAUCUCUCUUACCAGGCUCUCGCUUAGCGGGCCAGCCCGGCUUCCAUAUAAACAGGCCCUCAGUUUUUUAAAAUCCGUCUUGCAGAAAUAUUAUUAUAAAUCAUUAGAAGUCAAUGGACGUUUCGAGCGAAGGCCCUAAGAAGGCCUUUAGUGCCCCAACGAAGGGCCUUUGCUCGAAGUUCUCCUUGUAUUUUUCAGGUAGUUGUAUCCCUAUCAAUCUGAAGUUUUGUUAUUAUUGCCGACAGUGCAAGAUUAAAUACAAUGUUAUUCAAUGUUGUUUCUUAGGCUGGAGUGAGCAACAAUAAGACGGCCAGUGUCCAGAGUCAUGGUAGUUCAAUAUCCAGUAAUCAUAACAGUAGUACGGAAAGCAUACCUGGAGCCACCGCUGAAAGUAAACGUAAAGCAGAAGUCAAGGAGAAUAUAGCUAAGGAUGAUGACGUCAUCAGUCUAUUUACACCCAAGAAGGUAACCACAGUGCUCCCCCCUGGUAGAAUCGACUAGUUCCCUCCGGAAUAUUUGACUAGUUUUCAAGAGUUUGUGUUCUUUGAACCAUUCUCCCCCGGAAUAUUUGACUAGUUUCAAGAUUUUUUUUUUUUUUUUUUUUUUUUGAACCACUCUCUCCCGGAAUAUUUUACUAGUGUUCUAGAGUUUGUGCUUUUUGAACAGCUCUCCCCCUGGAAGAACUGAGGCUUACUACAACGAGGGGAGAAUGAGAGUACCCGGUACGGUAGAUAAGUUGAUACGGUUUAUGCGCUGCGUCUUACCGCUGAGAUUACUUGACGUGUCAUUGCUCUGACUUGUGCUUUUGCGUCUAACUAGACUUGUGGUUGGUUCUGCACUUUGGCCGUUGAUUUCCAGGAAAUCCGGUUCACUUUUACCCAAAAGCAUCCUUAAACUUUGGUCGAAUGGUAGCAGCCCAGCAGCCACAGACACCCUAGAAAGCCUUAGACUCCAUCAUGUUUGAACUGCGUCGCAAUUCAGCACUUCGUUACAAGGAAAGAUCCCCCCCCCCCCCCCGGGGCUCUUAGUUUCAACCGUAAAGUGUAUUUUGGAAAUGUUUGCGAUAUUUUUACUAACGUAUUUUCAACAUUUGAGGAUGGAGAAGAAGACGAGAGAUUUGCGACGAUACGACCGAUCAACGCCAUCCUACGACAGCGAGAACAACAUCAGUCGAAUGAUGAUUUCAGGGAACAGAUGAAUGUUUAUAAACAAAUGAGACAACAACAUCAGAAACAGUUACUACAGCUGGAGAAUAAACUGAAGAACGAAAUGAAUGAACAUAGGAAACAGUUAGAUCGAGAAUAUGAACAACAGGUCCAUCAGUUUGACAGAGAAAUGGAGAAACUAAAGAGUAAACAUAAAACUGAUUAUGAGCAGAAGGUACGGCACUUUACUGUUGAAUAAACACUCUGACUGAUGCAGCUAGAGACUUGUUGCUCUUGAGCUGUCGAACUCAUUCGAAAUGGAUUGACAUUUAACGGCUUGUGCAAACCAUAGCCUAUCUAAGGGAAGAUGGCUGUGAAACUCAUUCGAAUAACAAUAUAACUCGUUAUCUAUGUUAGUCAACGUUUAUUCAUAAAUCUGGUCGUUCACCGUCACGUGCGUAUUGUAUUUUUGCCCAACUAACCAACAGCAAUGUUUUAGGAAAGUUACCUAUCCGUGACUCGAGGGAAAUUGGAAAUUGCUACUGGUGGAUUUAGCAAAAAUACAAUACACACGUGACGGUGAAGGACCAGAUUUAGGAAUAAACGUUGACUAACAUAGAUAAUAAGUUAUAUACGGUUUAUGCGCUGAAGUGCCUUCGAUAGGCUAUGUAGUCGGCCGACCAAGGUGGCAAAAAGUGCCUCUAAAGAGAAUUUGCUGGCAACUUUAUGUUAGAAGCUGGUAACAGGCAUUUUCUUAUAGUUCAAGCCUUGGUGAACAAGACUAUAUGUGUUACCACUUCUGAUUUUUGCUUUAUAGCCAAAAAUUUGAGAAUUUUAAAAUUUUGCCUAUUAAAUUACUAUGAUGGCAAAAAAUGCAAAAUUUCAUGUUCUCUUAUACAAAAAAUAAACUAUACCACUAGAAAGAUCGCAAAAAAAAGUAUAUAUAAGAUAAUUAAGCGACUAGUGCGAUUUUCAAGCCGAUUUUGAAUUAAAGAUGGUUAAAGUUGGCAAAAUGGGCACUUAUUACACACAUUAAUUUGGUCAUUUCCGUAUUUUUUAGCAUUAAAAACUGGAAAUAGGAUUGGAAAAACGUAGAACUCACUUAAUUGUCUUACACAUAGUUUUUUGCGAUCUUUCUAGUGGUAUAGUUUAUUUUUCGUAUAAGAGAACAUGAGAUUUUACAUUUUUUCCGAUCAUAGUAAUUUAAUAGGCAAAAUUUAAAAAUUCUCAAAUUUUUGGCUAUAAAGCAAAAAUCAGAAGUGGUAACACAUAUAGUCUUGUUCACCAAGGCUUGAACUAUAAGAAAAUGCCUGUUACCAGCUUCUAACAUAAAGUUGCCAUCCAGUUGUACAAAUUGAUGACUUGGUCGGCCGUCUAAUGUACAAACAAAACAACCAAGGCCGGAUUUUGGUGGAAAUAGUGGGGGAGGUGGAAAAAAAAUUUAAGGGUGGUGCAAUGGUUUAGCUCAAAGUCAACGACGUGACGUAUGCAUGUUGUGUACAUAUAUGUAUCAGUGUAUCAAUGAAUUAUGACUGUACAACUCAUCCAAUUUUGCCCUUCAUUACAAUCACUACAAAGUUUCUUUCAAAACAUCGCAUUACAAGGGUACUUGGAUGCCUCUCUUUGCCGGACUGGCUAAGAACCGCCAGCUAUUUUUGUAAAAACUACCUUACAGUUUUCCAGCAGAAGUGAGACCUCUGUAUAUAUAUCUACUCUGUGGUGAAACAAAGCUUUGCUUGAAAACGUCAUGGAUAAUAAAAUACAUGGAUAGGAAACUAGCUGACGUGACCUAAUGUUUUCAAUGGGAUGAUGGCGUUGAAACCUAGUUGCAAACCAAAUUCUCAAAAACGGCAUGUUUAGCGAUAAUACAGCUAAACAUUUUAGUCAAAGAGCAAAUAAAUAUAACUAGGCCAUUCUAGGAUGAAAUCUCUAAGUAUUCCCGGUCAAUUUUAGCAAAUAUUUCAAGCACUAAACAGUGAAAAAUGCAUCGCAAAUUUCGUAAAGAUUGGCGACGCCAAUUUCGUAGCUACAAAUGUUAAAAAAUACAAAACAAAGACGAAAAACAUUUACCUUGAAUACUUUGUGUGGCUGAGGCAUGUUUUUAAAACAAUUAGACUAGUUCAUGCUUCAUUAUUACUCUUUUAAAGCGGAAAAUAUAGCGAAACAACAAAAAUGCUGAGAGCCUUGGCAAUACACGUGACGUCACAGAUUGCAACUAGGUUUAGACUGUGACGUCAGGAAGUUUCCUAUCCAGUUAUUUUACAAUCCAUGAAAACGUCGACAUUCUCCUGGCGUUUUUCAGGCAUCCCUAUCAAUGCAAAGUUUUCUUAAGGCAUUAUUGUCAUGAAGUCAGAUUUUAUACACGAUAUUAAUGUUUAGCUGCGUCAAUUUGCAACGGACGAAAGAAAACUGACAAAACAAAUCAAAGAACAACAUGAAAAUGAAAUGAAAAUGUGCGCCACCAAACAAAAGACAGCGUACAAGAAUAACAAGUCGAAAUUUAAAAAGGUAAGAAUAUAUGAGAAAAUUGUCUCUCGUAUUAAUCUUCCCAUUGUGUUAAAGUGCCUAUGACACGAAAUUUCACCCCAAAGGUUUAUGGUUGCAUUGUAAAGAUCACUUAAAACGACUUAAUAAUUUCUUUUAUAGAAUUUUGGUAACUUGCUUCCUUUGCAAGAUAUUCAACUUUGUUUCAUAUGCAAAUAUCACCGGUGUGACAUCACAUCUCAUAAUGAGUUUUCAGAAAAGUAUAGUUUUCUUGACGAAUACGUACCUAAAAAACUUAAAAAUUACCCUUGUAUAUGUAUUAAUUUCAUAACUGGUAAUUAACCCUCUGUAUUUGUUUGUAAAAAUAUUUUAUCAUGGCAAAAUAUUGCGUUUUCAAAAUGUCAUUAUGAGAUGUGAUGUCACACCGGUGAUAUUUGCAUAUGAAACAAAGUUGAAUAUCUUGCAAAGGAAGCAAGUUACGAAAAUUCUAUAAAAGAAAUUAUUAAGACAUUUUAAGUGAUCUUUACAAUGCAAUCAUAAACAUUUGGGGUGAAAUUUCGUGUCAUAGGCACUUUAAGGUUACAGAACACCUUUGAGUGUUAAUUUUGCCUAAAAUUUUUUAUUGGUUUCCAUGAAAGCAUUAGACUAGUUCUACUAUCUGACCAAGUUUGGACGAAAAAUGUUGAAAACUCGCAGAGUUAUUUAAUAAAAUACAUUUCGCUUGCAAUAAGAAAAACAUUGAAAAUGUAAUAUUCAAAUUCGAUUUUCUCCCGAAGAAUUUUACGGCAAUUACUAACCCUAACCCUAACCUAAUCCUAACCCUAACCUAACCCUAACCCGUUGAUAAACGAGUUGUGCUCCUGCAAAUUUUCACAGUACAUAGCUAAAGACGUCAGUUUCAAAAUUGUGUUCGGCUUUGUUCUAAUUUUGGAUAUUUUAAUAAUAAGGAGCAAUUCACACAAACGAUUCAGAAAUAUAUUGCAGUCGUCAAAGAAAUCGCAACAAAUCCGAACACAAUUUUUUAGAACAACUAUUUUACUGUAUAAAAAUGAUAUUUUCAUAAAUAUAACGUAAAACCAGCAGGAGCACAACUCAAAAGCGUAAAGGUACCGCGACUUAAGAUUUUCCUGAAUAAUUCUUACAUUAUUUUAUUGUUUGUCAAUUUUACAACUUUAUCAUAUUUUGCAUGCACUGGCUAACAUUUGGUGAAAAUUUGAUGAAAAUCGGACUGAUUUUGAGCGCGCAGUAGCGAUUUUCCGCAAAACGCCAAAAAGGGUGUCCUGUAAUCUUAAUUUGCUUUUGUUGUUUGCAGGAUCUUCGUGAAGGCAAGAUCGAUCAUUCUAAAUACCGUGACGAGAAAGGCAAAGUGGCGGCAGAUCAACAGCAUUUCACACAAACAAAACUUAAAGAACAUAAAGAUUAUCUCGAGGCAGAAAUCAGGAAGUUUCGACGCCAACAAAUUGUACAUAGACAUGACCUUGAAGCAAAAUUACUGCGAGAGGUUUGUGUCUAUUUACUCUCUUUAAAGUGCAUAUGACAUGAAAUUUCUUAUUUUCUUGAACGAUAGAACUCUUUAAGCUGUAGUGUAACUUAUUUUUCAGUUUCUUGUUUUUAUGGUUUGUUCCCGAGAUAUUUCAAUUUGUUUGAUAUGUAAAUGAGUGUGAAUAUGUCCGCUAAUUUAUGACGUCACGUGGGUUGCAAGCUGAACUUACCUAGUUAUAAAUCUAUUAACUCUAAAAACUGUAGAUAUCAGUUCACGUUUUUCUACAGUGUUUCAUCACAUUUACCAGUGAGUGAAGUUUGAAAUUAUCAUCUUGGAUGAUAGCAGUGAUAUUCAACCAUUUUGAAGAGCUUGCAACCAACAUGACGUCAUAAAUUAGCGGACAUAUUCACACUCAUUUACAUAUCAAACAAAUUGAAAUAUCUCGAGAACAAACCAUAAAAACAAGAAACUGAAAAAUAAGUUACACUACAGCUUAAAGAGUUAUUUCAUUUAAGAAAAUAAGAAAUUUCAUGUCAUAUGCACUUUAACUCUAAUUUGUAAUCCUAAUCAAGCUAUUUAGCGUCCUUAACUGUAAUCCCUAAUCCUAACUCUGUCUUAUCUCUAUUGGGCAACAAUAUGACGACUUUUUGGUGCUGAAAAUCUUAUAUAGGUUAAUUUAUAGACAAACAAUGCUUUCGUGGUUGAAAAAGUAUUGUUCCAGCUUUGUUAUUCAGUUAUUAAACUCAAAUUAUACUGCUGUACUUCAGGAAAUGGACAAACUUGGCGGCCAAAAGGACCAGGCUCAUGAAAUGUUAGUUCGUCAUCACGAGUGUACACAAGACAUGGAGUUCCGACAUUUGGAAAUGGUUCAGAAGAUGAGAUUAGAUCAUCAGAAGACACAACAAUCUACUGAGUGGAGCAAUCAGAUGGAAUAUAACAAGAGAGCCGAGUUAGAUCUCAAACGACGACAUAUGAUGGAACAAAAACAACAACCAAAGACAUUGAAGGUUGGUGAUGAUGAUAAUGGUGAUGAUGAUAAUGAUGAUGAUGGUGUUGAUGAUUAUGGUAAUAGUGGUGAUGAUGAUUAUGGUAAUGUGGUGAUGAUGAUUAUAGUAAUGAGUGAUGAUGAUUAUGGUAAUGGUGAUGAUGAUUAUGGUAAUGGUGGUGGUGAUGAUUAUGGUAAUGGUGGUAAUGAUGAUUAUGGUAAUGGUGGUGAUGAUGAUUAUGGUAAUGGUGGUGAUGAUGAUUAUGGUAAUGGUGCUGAUAAUGAUGAUUAUGGUAAUGGUGGUAAUUGUGGUGAUGAUGAUUAUGGUGAUGGUGGUGAUGAUGAUUAUGGUAAUGUGGUGAUGAUGGUGAUGAUGAUUAUGGUAAUGGUGGUGAUGAUGAUUAUGGUAAUGGUGGUGAUGAUGAUUAUGGUAAUGGUGCUGAUAAUGAUGAUUAUGGUAAUGGUGGUAAUUGUGGUGAUGAUGAUUAUGGUGAUGGUGGUGAUGAUGAUUAUGGUAAUGGUGGUGAUGAUGAUUAUGGUAAUGGUGCUGAUAAUGAUGAUUAUGGUAAUGGUGGUAAUUGUGGUGAUGAUGAUUAUGGUGAUGGUGGUGAUGAUGAUUAUGGUAAUGAUGGUGAUGAUGAUUAUGGUAAUGAUGGUGAUGAUGAUGAUUAUGGUAAUGUGGUGAUGAUGAUUAUUGUAAUGGUGGUGAUGAUGAUUAUUGUAAUGGUGGUGAUGAUGAUUAUGGUAAUGUGGUGAUGAUGAUGAUCAUUAUGGUAAUGGUGGAGAUGAUGAUUAUGGUAAUGGUUAUUAUAAUGAUUAUGGUAAUGGAGUGAUGAUGAUGAUGAUGAUGAUUAUGGUAAUGUGGUGGUGAUGAUGGUGUUGAAGGUGGUGGUGAUAAUGAUGAUGGUAAUGGUGAUAAUGAUGGUGGUGAUGAGAAAUAUUUCCCAGAACAGGAUUUACUCUAUAUUGUGUUUCAAUCAAGUUACUUUUUUAAAGUCAUCCAAUUAUUUUUUCCUUUCAGGCGCAAGAACUUAAGAUCAAGAAGCAGUUUCAUGACACGGUCAAGAUCCAAUAUCGCCAAUAUAAAGCAUAUCAGAAGCAAGUGCUACAAACAGCGCCCAAAGAGAAUCAUAAAGAAUUAAUUGAGACAUUUAAAGAAGAUCGGAAUCGUAAAAUGGCGGAUCUCAAAUUACAAUAUGAUCAGAGUAUUUAUGAUAUGCUACAACGACAAUCAGUAAGUGAUCAUUGUUUUUCGUUAAAAGGCUUGAAUCCAGGUUCAUUCGUUUUGUUUGUUUUAUUUGUUCUUCUAGAUUAUUACAAAAUUUAAUAAGGAAGUGGAGACGUUCAAGUCUUUGAAAAUGAUCAUGUUUCGCUCGCUACUCUGGUUUAAAUAAAUGAUUACAAAGCCCAGUCGAAUUGUAAUCAAGACCCAACGUUUCGACACUCCAGUCUAGUGUCUUCAUCAGGAGUGAUCUAAAGAUGCAAUCGUGGCUUCUUAAAUACCCAAGGGAUGACGUCACCUGCCAAUGAGAUGCAUGUAUUCGUCUGGCAAAUAGGCACCGUCGUCCCUAUUCAAAGCAUGAUUACUCAUAUUUAUAUGCCACGCUUCUAGGCAAAGUCUUUGACCAUAGCGAUUGUUUCUGGUAAUUACUUUAGAGUUUUCCCACGCAAUCGAUUGUUUGUGGUAAUUUUCCCAAAUUACCUCAAACAAUCGCUAUGAUCAAAGACUUUGCCUAGAAGCGUGGCAUAUAAAUAUGAGUCAUCAUGCUUGGAAUAGGGAUGACGGCGCCUAUUUGCCAGAGGAAUAUAUGCAUCUCAUUGGCAGGUGACGUCAUCCCUUGGGUAUUUAAGAAGCCACGAUCGCAGUUUUAGAUCACCCCUGAUGAAGACACUAGACUGGAGUGUCGAAACGUUGGGUCUUGAUUACAAUUCGACUGGGCUUUGUAAUCAUUUAUUUAAAACAGAGUAGCGACCGAAACAUGAUUGAUAUACCUGGUUGCAGUGAACGAACAAACUUUAAAUCUUUGAAAAUGAUUUUCGUAUAUGAAACCGAAACGUUAGAGAAAACUUAUUUAAUAUUGUAAUGAUCUAGAAUAACAAAUAAAACAAACAAAAUGAUCAUUAUGCUUGUGAUGUUACUCUGAGUUUAUAUCCACACCGGGCAAGCUUGAAAGAUAUGCCUGUCCACGGUGGAACCUACGACCUUUUUCCAAAGGUCGUAGGUUCGAUUCCCACCGUGGCCAGGCACAUUUUUCAAGCUUGCCCGGUGUGGAUAUACACUCAGAGUAACAUCACAAGCAUCAUAUUCGCCUGAGUACAUUACACCAGUCACCAACACAGACAAUAUUAUCAUUACGGCCAUUUAUACGGGACAACAUCAGUCGCGACUUACAUAAGACGCGUCCUAUAUAAGCAGAGUUAUCGUAUAGAUUGUUCUCCACGGCCCUAGUCUUAUUUACUUGCUAUAACUAUAAUGUUGUUUUGGUUGUUUUUGUUUUAAUAUGCAAGACUAAUAAUUUUACGUUGUUUCAAGUUUCGGGCAUGUGUAGUUAGACGUUUUAUCCAAAAUGCCUUAUUUAAGACGCGACUUAAAUAAGAACAGCUAAAAAUCCUGUUCUUAUUUAAGUCACGUCUUAUCCAAGACGCGACUUACGUAAGAAUUUUGUACCUUUUAUACGACAAACUCGCGUCUUAUUUAAGUUGCGGCUUAUGUAAGUCGCGACUUAUUUUGUCCCGUAUAAAUGACUCUAGGGAUGAGCCGAUAAGGAAAAUUGCCGAUUACUGAGGCCGAUUAUUUAUAAGCCAAUUAUUGCAACUAAUCGGCCGAUUAAUCGGUACCCACCGAUUAUUUUAAAAAGCAAGCGAAAAAUCACAAGAUGAACAACAAUGAAGUUGUAAAUGUGGUUUUAUUGUUUACAAUACACACUUUGUACAAUUAAAAACAGCUUCAGUCUCUCAUAUCAAUAGUCAAAGUUUAGUUUUGGCAGAUUAUGGUGUAAAAACAAGGCACUGUCAGCUAUGCGGAGCUAGUCUGCUGCGUUUUUUUAGUGGAAAUGUUCCCAGCUUCACUUUGCUUGAGACAAAAGACACAGGUUUUGCAACAAAAUGUGAAAAUCUAUUCGCUUGUAUUCAGUAUUUUAGCAUGUGAUUGGCAGCUGCAGAAAAAGUCUUAUGGCCGAUUAUCAGGCAAUAAUCGGCCGAUUACCGAUUAUUUAAAAAACGGCCGAUUAAUCGGCUUUGCCGAUUAUUUACCGAUUAAUCGGCUCAUCUCUAAAUGAUUCUAUUGUUUUAUUAGUAUGUGGGUGGGAUACAGACAAGAAAAGGUUCAUUCAAGGACCUCUUAGUGGUUAACACGCUGUCCCGCUGUGUUAGGACUCGAGUUGUCAUUCCAUAUAUAUAUGGAUCUCACCCUCCCUAGCAUAAUUCAACCAUUAAAUGGAAUAAAACUAUGUUUUUCAGUUACGACUUGAUGAAGAACAAUUAAAAGAACAAGAAAAUCUUCGUUCAAAACUCCAGAAAGAACAAGAUCUACUGAGUGCUUAUCAGGCGAAACAAAUGGAACAAUUAAUGAACCAACACGAGCGAGAAUUGAGAGAAUUACAGGAGACGGUCUCGGUGAGGAGAGCUGUGCUCGAACAAAAAGUGAGUGGAGAAUUAUCAGAGGGCACUCGGAUAUACCUCCCACAUCGAAUUAACUUCAUGCAUAAAUUAUACAAUAGGCCAAUUGACCACUUGCGUAAUAGACUAAAUUUUGAUCUCAACAAGUCUAGAC